AAACAAUCAGACAAGCUUACUCAAAUCUAUCAACACUACGCUUAAUUACACACGCUUUUGCCCACAAACAACCUUCUAUACAACCCAUCUCUUCAUCAUCAUGGAUCUCCAAGGACAGCCCAUCCCCCCUGGCCAGCGCAGCACUAAGGUCACCUCCGACCCCGAGCGCUACGAACAACCUAUCAAGGAGCCCUCGGGCCCCGUCACCAACGACUCCCUCGCCGCCGAGUCGGCCAACAAGGGUGGUGCCUACUCUCAGAACCGGGGUGCUGAGCCCAUCGGCGUCGAGGGCAAGAAGUCCACCGUCACGAACACCGACACCUCCAGCGCCCACAAGAUCGAGCCCAACCACCGUGAUUCGCAAGACAAGUACCCCGAGGCCCUAGGCGGCCAGGGCAACUACCCUGGCACUCACCUUCCCGAGAGCGGCUACACCGGUGGCUCGACUGCCGCUAAGAAGGAGCUGGGCAUCAACAAGGGCGAGUAUUCUGCCCCCCAGCAGCCGCAGCAAAAGAACACCGAUAAGGUCCACCCCCACCAGCACCAGCCCAAGCACAACGUUGGCCAGCAGCAGCAGCAGCAGCAGCAGCACAAGGUCGCCCCGGCCAGUGGCAGCGGCUAUCAAGGCGGAGUUGCCGGCGUUGCUCCUUCCUACGUCCACGACGUGCUCGACAACCUCGGAAACACCAAGCCCAAGGGCAACAACCUUAAGGAGGGUGACAUCCCGGAUGAUGCUCCCAACGCCAGCUACACCACCGACAUCGGCAGCGAGAAUGACCCCGGCCGCCUGGCUCAGGGUGGCUUCCAGCUGAAGUCUGCUGAGAGCGGCCCCGACGGUACCCCUGCCGGCCGCCAGAAAGGUGUCGACAACCAGCAGCCUUUCCAGGCUCUGCAGCCGGACCAGCGCGCUUAGAUUGUCUCAUGUGAUGGAUGAUUUUACGAAAAAGCAAAGCGGGAUUCCUUUUUCUUCAUGAUUUGUUUUUUGAGAGUCUUCUAGCAGGAAGUCGGUUAAUAUGGUGCGAAGAGGAC